AAUUCUCUCUCAUUUACAUUCUUUUAUUCUCUAUUCUUCUUUUAUUUCUCUCUCACAAUCACCAUUUCACCAUUUCUGUCCGUCCCAUCAUGCUUUUCUCUCCUGCAGUUGAAUGGAUGUAUUUGUUGCCCUUAGCAAAUACAACAUAGCUGUUUGUGUUUAGCUCUUAUGGAUGGGACAUGGAGUCAUAAGACCAGGCCUGCAGACACACACACACACACACACACUUUCUCAUGCAAGUCAUAUGAGUCAUGCAGCUUAAUCAGAAAAAUUGAGAGUGAGUGAGAGAGGAGAAGAUUUGGAGAUGGAGGAUUUCCUGUGGAGAAUGCGGGUCUGGGUUUCUAUAAGCUUGAGGAGAUGUUGUUGGUGUUGUGGAGAUAAAAGAAAUGAAGUCAGAAGGGAAGAAAAAGAGGAAAUGUUUGAGAUGAGGUUGGAAGAGAUAAAGGAAACAAUGAAAACGGAAGAAAAACCAUCAAAAACUUGGAGUGUGUCCUCCCUCCCAGUUGCUGAGCUGGGAGAGCUGGACGGGGUGGAGAAACCACAGCCGCACUGGUUUCACACGCUGCAGGUGCGGCGGCUCCGAGUUCAGAGGGGCCGCAGUAACAGCGAUCCUAUGGGAGGAAAGAGCUUCCAGCAAGAGUUCCAGUGGAAAACUGGCCUGCAGUUUGGGAAUGCAACAUCUUAUCUUAAUCUUGAAAAACUCGGUGAGGGCACAUAUGCCACAGUGUACAAAGGAAUUAGCAGGAUAAACGGUCAUCUUGUGGCUUUAAAGGUGAUUCACAUGAAAACUGAGGAAGGAAUUCCAUUCACAGCUAUUAGAGAAGCCUCCUUGUUAAAGGGCAUUAAACAUGCCAACAUCGUCUUGCUUCACGAUAUCAUCCACACGCGAGAGUCUCUCACCUUUGUCUUCGAGUAUGUGCAAACAGAUUUGGCUCAAUACAUGAUUCAGCAUCCUGGCGGACUUCACUCGUACAACAUUAGGCUCUUUAUGUUUCAGUUGCUGCGAGGAUUGUCUUACAUUCACAGCAGAAGAAUUCUGCAUCGAGACCUCAAACCUCAGAAUUUGCUCAUCAGUUAUUUGGGGGAGCUCAAAUUAGCAGAUUUUGGUCUGGCCCGAUCUAAGUCCAUACCUUGCCAAACAUACUCAGCCGAGGUCGUGACUUUAUGGUACCGCCCGCCAGAUGUUCUCAUGGGCUCCACUGAUUACUCCACAGCCCUGGACAUCUGGGGAGCUGGCUGCAUUUUUAUCGAGAUGCUACAGGGGUCACCAGCGUUUCCUGGAGUAGCUGAUGUCUUUGAGCAGCUGCUGAAGAUUUGGGCUGUCCUCGGGGUGCCGACCGAGGAGAGCUGGCCAGGUGUCAGUGAUCUGCCAAACUAUAAACCAGAGUGGUUCCUGCACUGCAAGCCCAAGCAAUUUCGAGAUGUCUGGAAAAGACUCGCUCAGUUACCCUAUAAGACGGAGGAUCUGGCCCAGCAGAUGCUGAUGAUGACUCCAAAGGACAGGAUUUCAGCCCAGGAUGCAUUGCUGCACCCAUAUUUCAACACUCUUCCACCUCCGUUAAUGCAUCUAAGGGACACUGUGUCCAUCUUUAAGGUGCCAGGGGUGAGGUUAGAGACGGAAGUGAGGGAUAUCUUCAGCCCCAGCAGACGAAUGAAAUCGCCUCUUGCUCCGCUGGCCAAGUGCUGGUGAAAGUCUCGCCUUUGUAAAUAGUUGGUGUGCUUGUAAGACCAAAACCACACCAGCAUGAGUAAACGUGACCCUGUUGCAGCAUGGUGGUCAGUUUGUAUGUUGUUUAUUCAGAUCUUCAUCAGCUUAAUCAAAUAUAUUUAUGAAAGAA